GCUGCUUUCUUUGAUGUUUCCCCGGUGCCAGUACGACCCUUCGAAAGCUGCCUAGCGACUUGCCUUUCGAUCUAGGUCACUCCGCAUUUGUAUAAGACAGAUGACGAAGACGAAGACGAAGACGACAAGAGAACACAACUUCACAGUCUCACCUGUCCCAUCAUAUAGGCUUUCCAUCUUGAAUCCCUCCGUACCUCCCCUCCCUUCUUAAGCUUCCCUUUCUCUCUUCCCUUUGUUAUUGCCAGGGGAAAUCCGCGAUUCGCCUCCGUUAUCAUGUCGGAUACCGAAAAGACGGAUUCUCCAUCCCACACCCACACCCACACCCACGCCGGAACCGGAAAGACAACCGCAACCGGCAGGGUCGAGGAUGAACCAAAGAAGAGCUUCCUCGUGCGCUGGUGCAGCAAGAUGGGCGACCUCCCCGAGUGGAAAGUCGGCGGCGAACGCCUCCGAGGCCCCCGCCUGAACUGGGCCAUCGGCUUCAUCGCCAGCUGUGGCUUCCUCAUGUUCGGCUACGACCAGGGCGUCCUGUCCGGCCUGCUCACCCUCGACGACUUCCAGAGGAACCAGGCCCUCAUGACGCCCCUCGACGACAGCAACCCGCUCUGCUGGAACGACGACGGCUCCCGCGACGAGCGGUACUGCCACGGCGACGCCAACACCCAGGCCGCCGGCGUCGCCGUUUACCAGAUCGGCUGCUUUCUCGGCGCCCUCCUCAUUUUCUUCCAGGGCGAGACCUGGGGCCGUCGCUCGUCCACCUUCUGGGGCUCCGCCAUCAUGAUCCUCGGCACCGUCAUGCAGGCCGCCAGCUUCGAGUACGGCCUCUUCGUCUCGGGCCGUGUCGUCGGCGGUGUCGGCAACGGCAUGGUUACCUCCACCAUCCCCACCUGGCAGUCCGAGUGCGCUCGCCCCGAGAGGCGCGGCUUUCUGAUUCUGAUUUCCGGCGCCCUCAUUUCUGCUGGCAUCAUGAUCUCCUACUGGGUCGUCUACGGCUUCUACUUCCUCGAGGGCGAGGUCCGCUGGCGUUUCCCCCUGGCCUUCCAGUCCUUCUUCACCAUCGUCGUCAUGUGGGGUCUCCUGUAUCUUCCCGACUCGCCCCGUUGGCUCCUCAUGAAGGGUCGCACCGCCGAGGCCCGCCAGGUCACCGCUCGUCUGCUCGAUAAGCCCGAGGAUGCCCCCGAGGUCGACGCCGAGAUCUCCCAGAUCGCUUCGGCCUUGAACGUGCAAAAGAACACCGGUCGUUUCCGUCAUCUCCUCACCGGCGGUCCGUCCCAGAACUUCCGCCGCACCGCGCUCGGCGUGGCGGCCCAGUUCUUCCAGCAGUUCUGCGGCAUCAACCUCAUCACCUACUACGCCACCUUCGUCUUCGAGAACUCGCUGGGCUUCGGGCCCCAGCUCUCCCGCCUGUUGGCCGCCCUCAACGGCACCGAGUACUUCCUCGCCUCCCUCGUCGCCCUGCCGCUGAUCGAGCGCGUCGGCCGCCGCAAGCUCAUGCUCUUCGGCGCCAUCGGCAUGAUGGCCUCCAUGGCCAUCCUGGCGGGGACCACCUCCACUGGCGUGCCCGACGAGGACGGCGCGCCCGUGCUGUCCCUGGGCUACGGCGUGACCGCCGUCGUCUUCCUCUUCGGCUUCAACACCUUCUUCGCCCUCGGCUGGCUCGGCAUGACCUGGCUCUACCCCGCCGAGGUCACCAACCUCUCCAUCCGCAUCCAGGCCAACGCCCUCUCCACCUGCUCCAACUGGCUCUCCAACUUCGUCAUCGUCAUGAUCACCCCGCCCGCCUUCGCCAACCUGCAGUACCGCACCUACGUCAUCUUCGCCGUCCUCAACGCCGCCAUCAUCCCCUGCGUCUACUUCUUCUUCCCCGAGACCUCCCGCCGCUCCCUCGAGGAGAUCGACCUCUACUUCGCCAAGGCCUACGCCGAGAAGGUCUCCCCCGUCAAGACCGCCCGCGAGAUGCCCCGCUACGCCGCCCAGGACCUGGAGCGCGAGUUGGCCAGGUACUUUGACGCGGACGACGUCGAGCGCCGUCGUUCUGUCGCCACCCGUCCGUCUGCGUCGCAGGCGCGGGACACUUCUUCUUCCGAUCCCACCUCGGGUGAGGUGAGCGAGAAAUAAAUGGAGGGGUUUUCACUGACGUACGGCUUGGAUGUUUUCAAUUGUAUUCGAUACCCCCGGGGUUUGCCUAAAAGGCGCCGCUUGUUCCCCUGACCCCCAUGUCAUGUCGGUCACUUUUGGUAGAAUGGAAUGGCUUGUCGAUUGCUGGCAACACGAUGCUCUAGGCAUUUAUAGAUGAGAAGAAUCGAAACGUGCUGUGGCACCUGCUCU